CAGCCAAGUAUUCUAAAGCCAAAAAUCUAAGAGAAAAUUAUUUCAGUCAAAAAUUGGUUCAUAUAAAGUUCCAAUUUCUCAACCAAAGAAAAUAUAAAAUUCCAAAGUUUAGAUACAAUGAAAAAUCACUUUGUGUUGAUUCAUGGAGCUAGCUAUGGUGCAUGGUGUUGGUACAAAGUUGCAACUCUUCUAAAAUCAGCUGGUCAUGAUGUUACAUCUUUGGACAUGGCUGCUUCUGGCAUCAACACAAUACAAGUCCAAGAUAUUUCUUCAAUAUUAGAUUAUAAUGAACCUUUGUUAACAUUCAUGGAAUCACUUCCAUCACAUGAAAAAGUGAUUCUUGUUGGUCACAGUUUUGGUGGAAUCUCCAUAUCCCUUGCUAUGGAAAGGUUCCCUCACAAAAUCUCUGUAGCAGUUUUUGUUGCUGCUUUUGUUAUAAGUGAAAAUCUCACUUACCCUAAUAUUCUUCAAGAGCUUAUGAGAAGAAGAGAGGAAAAAAAGGAUUGGUCUAUGGAUACAAAAUGUUUCUUCUUUAAUGGAAACAAUAAUCCUCCAACAGCUUUAUUAUUUGGACCUAAAUUUAUGGAAUCUCAAAUGUUCCAAUUAUCACCACAUGAGGAUUUGACGCUUUCAUUAUCAUUGGUUAGACCUUUUCCUCUCUUCAACAAUGAAGAAUUGUUUUUGAAAGAAUCAAAAGUUAGCAUGGACAAAAAUGGAAGGGUGCCUAAAGUGUUCAUCAUUAGCAAAGAUGACAUAUCGUUGGUAGAUGAUUUACAAACUUGGAUGAUUGAGAGAAGUGGUCCAUAUGCUGAGGUGAAUGUGAUAAAUGAUUCUGAUCAUAUGGUCAUGUUUUCCAAACCAAAAGAACUUAGCUCUCUCUUACAACAGAUUGCAUACAAAUAUUAAUUUAUAUAUUUUUUUGGGUGUAGUUUUAACUUUUUUAUUCUGAAAAGAUAAUAUUAUCAUCGAUAAAUUGGAGUUCAAAUUUGCAAUUUUCUGUUGAACCAACUCUUAAGAUCUUGUGUAAAAGGUGAUAGAAUUGCGAUUACAAUCACAUAGGAAGAAUUUUCGGUUGAACAGUGAUGAAAUUGAUUCUAAAAAAAAAACUUUAGAAGCUUGAGUACAUUAAAUUGCUCGGUAACAAUUGUUAAAUUGUAAAUCCUUUUGUCGAAGCAGGAUGUUGCUUAGACGUGUCAAAAAAUUAGCUAGUCAGUCGAGUUGUAUGCUAGCUAUCGAAGUGGUUAGCUUCACACAUUAUUUCGACUUGGAUCUAAAAUAGGUAUUUUGGACUUUUAUGUUUUGGGCUUUUGACUUAGGGAGAAAGCAAACCUAAAACUAUAAAUAGAGGAACGAACCCUUAUUUUGAAUGACAACUUGUAUUCACAAAAUUUGCAGUUGCAAGUGAAUAAGAAAUUUCCACAGUUUGUGAGUAAAGAAAAACUCUACAGAAAAUCAUCUUCUUUCUUUUAUUUUUCGCAAAUCCUAAUUCACUUUUCUCCCCAAACUCCCUUUCUUUCAUUGUCAUUAUGUAAGUGAUAAGAAUUACUCAAGGUUUGAGUUUAAUUUCAACAUCUGGUAUCUAGAACUCCGGUUAAACGAUUCAAGGCAAGAGAAGAGAAUGUCGAUGUCUAUGAGUAAUUCAAAUGGACAUUUUCCAGCAAGUUCUCUUCAAAUACUGAAAGGAGAUAACCAUGGGAAUUGAUGCAAUUAGAUGAAAGUUGUGUUCUGUUGUCAAGAUCGUUGGGAUCUUGUGAAAGAAGGGAUAAAAUCGCUUACGAAGACGCGACAGAUGAACAAAAGGCUGC